GGUCAAAGUUGACAUUGGCCAUGUGUGUAUGUUGCCGUAUCUGCCAUAGAAUAGUUUGUACAGCUACAGUUUGUGGUCCGUAUGUAUAUAUUUAUAAUUACAGGUAUUACAUUUUAGGUCAAUAGGCUGACUUUACGUGUUAAGCAAAUUCUAUAUUUUGUUCACGGUUUUCCUAAAGUUAGUUUGAUCCAGAAUAUCCUGUGCUGCUCCGCGUUAGCUUCGUACAGUUCAGCUGGUGUGCCAGUUUGCAUCUUUUAGGCAGAAGGAUCCUCUGAUGAUGGCGUAGCAGAGCAUGUUUAAAGUCCGACCACUGUUGAGUGCCUUAGUUAAGCACACAUUGACGUUAAAGACAAACGGUGGGCUUUAUAAACUUUGUUGCAUGAUGACUGAAGUAUCAAAAGAUGAGCACACAGCCAAGCUGAUGAAAAGAGCUAAUGAGGAAAACAAAGACUCUGCUGAGGUGGUACAGGCUGCAAAAAGGAUAAAAGCAGAGGGGGAAAUCACUGAGGAUGAAAAGAAAUAUCCUAAAAAGAAAGUGGUCCUCCUGUUGGCAUACUCUGGAAAGGGAUACUAUGGCAUGCAGAGAAAUCCUGGAACCUCUCAGUUUAGGACCAUUGAAGAUGAUCUGGUUGCGGCACUUGUUAAAUCUGGUUGCAUCCCUGAAAACCAUGGCGAUGACAUGAAGAAGAUGUCUUUCCAAAGAUGUGCCAGAACAGAUAAGGGUGUGUCUGCUGCUGGCCAAGUGGUGUCUCUAAAGGUGCGGCUGAUUGAAAACAUCACUGAAAAAAUCAACCAGCAUCUGCCACCACAGAUCCGAGUACUUGGUCUUAAACGGGUGACCCAGGGUUUCAAUUCCAAAAACAACUGUGAUGCUCGUACAUACUCCUAUAUGCUUCCAACAGUGGCCUUUGCUCCAAAAGACUAUGACACAUUGAACAUAGCAGCCUUUCGCUUGGAACCAGAGACACUUCAGAGGGUGAACCGUCUGUUUGCUCUUUACAAAGGCACCCAUAAUUUCCACAACUUCACCUCCCAGAAGGCUCCGAAUGACCCCAGUGCCCGCCGCUAUAUCACAGAGAUGUCCUGUGGAGAGCCUUUUAUCCGCAACAAUUCAGAAUUUGCAGUGAUCACUGUGCGAGGCCAGAGCUUUAUGCUGCACCAAAUCCGCAAGAUGAUCGGCUUGGUGAUUGCAGUGAUAAAGGGGUACGCGAAGGAGGUGGUGAUUGAGCGGACCUGGGGACAGGAGAAGGUGGAUGUGCCCAAAGCUCCGGGACUGGGGCUGGUCCUGGAAAGGGUUCACUUCGACCGAUACAACAAACGCUUUGGAGGGGAUGGGCUGCAUGAGCGCCUGGAAUGGGACCGCGAGGAAGAGGCUAUCAAGGCCUUUAAGGAGGCUCACAUCUAUCCCACCAUUGUUGAGACAGAGUGUCAGGAAGGCUCCAUGGUCAGCUGGAUGUCCACACUUCCUAUUCAUGACUUUGAAGCCACAGCUUCUGUAACACAAGACAAUAAGGACCAGAAACAGGACAAUGCAGAGGAAGGAAAUGACUCAGAUUAAAUCGCACUGCCUGCAGAAAGAAGACAUUUUCUUAUCAAAACAAUCUGUCUUUUGCUGGGAGUUACCUUUCUUUUGAGGGUCAAAAAUGCUAUCUUCCAACAUUGCUGUUUUUUUAGUGGGUUUAAAUUUUGUUUCUCUUAUACCAGUGUUAUUAAACAUAAACAACAAAUGCC